AGUAAGUAUAAUGUAUUUUGUUUUUAAAGCAAGCUAGCUUUGGGGGAUUUACGCUUACUUGUUCUGAGAAACUUGUUGGUGCUCAGAAAGAUGGAACAAGUAGUUCCUUUUGAUGUUGUUCCUCAUAUUCUCUCAAAGCUACCUGUAAAAACUCUUAUGAAAUUCAAGUCCGUCUGUAAACAUUGGUCUAUCCUCAUCGAUAGCCCAUUCUUUGCCCACUUGCACUCCAGCCAAGCCAUUCAAGAAACCAGAGUUUUGCUUCCUUCUUCUUCUUCUUCUGAUGAGCAGCAAAAGUGUCUGAAUCCAUGCAAAGACGAUGGGAGGUUUAUGCAUAUCAGUUUGGAUUUAGUUUCCAAGUUUUUUGAAUCAAAAUCUUACUACCUUGUGGGUUCUUGCAAUGGGCUUCUCUGCUUUAAGAAAAAGAGUUAUUGUGAUAUUGAUAGAAGAACAGGAGGACUCCUCCUGUUCAAUCCUCUUAGGCAACAACUUCUUCCACUGCCACCACCAUCUGCAGAAUCAGUUAGUAUGAGGCAAUUCGGAUUUGGUUUUGAUUCUUCAACAGCAACUUACAAGAUGCUCUCUGUUUUUUAUAAUGAAAUCAGCACUAAUUUUGACGAUGAGCCCAGAUAUAGUUUGGGUGCUGAAGUUUUUACUAUAGGAAGAAGCUUAUCAUCAUCAUCAUCAUGGAGAGCUAUAAGCAAUGUUCCCCAACUGCUUCCUGUACUUCAAGAUCCUGUAUUUUUAUGGGGAGCUAUUUACUGGGUUACUCACCCUUUGAAUAUUACCCCUGAAACUUCCUACAACAGCAAAAAGAUUGUUGCUUUCCAUCUUGGGAAUGAGGAAUUCAGUUUGAUUGCUUGGCCUAGUACUGUUGGGUUUCAUGACAUGUGUCACUUGGUUGAGCUCAGAGGGUGUUUGUGUAUUGCUUAUUAUUGUUCAAAAGACUAUAUUGAUAUUUGGAUGAUGAAAGAGAAUAAAAGGAAAGCAGAAGAAUGUUGGGUUAAUGAAUAUAGGAUCCAUAUAAAAACUCCAUCAGCAUCUGAAAUAUUUUAUUAUCCUAAAAUUUUUGUUGAAGUUAUAGGGCAAUGGGAGGAUGAAGAAAUCCUGCUGAGGUAUUGCUCUAGUUUUGUUGCUUAUAAUCCAAGAACAGAAAAACUAAGUUGCAUCAAUAUUCGGAGUCCGGAUGAAGUCUUUGUCUUUUGCCACACCUUCACAGGCAGCCUAAUUUCAUUUUCUGGGUUCCAAGCAGCAGAACAAAUUAAUUCAUUAGUGGAAGCCUAAUCUGUUCUUUUUGUUUUUAUAGUUUUUGCUUUCUAAGUUUUUUGUUUUCUCUUGUUUUUGUUUUUUUAUUUUAUUUUUUUUUUAUGUUUCCUCUUGUAAAGUAACAAAGAGCUUAAUGACACUAUUGGAAUGGACUAUCUAU